AGAAUAUUAUGUUGGGUUGUUAGGGCCAUACUGAACGGUCCACAUGAAAGUUGUGUGUAAAUUAGUGGAGUUAUUUUUUAUCUUCAAUUGGAUCGACCAAAAUUGUGUAAAAUUACUAAAUUUUAUGUUACAGUUAAAGCAACGUGAAGGAUCUGAGCCGCAAUUACUGGAAGUGCGGGCAGUAGGCACCUGGUUUCCUCUGUCUGAAUUAUAGUUCUUAGGCAAACGUUGUUGGAUGGAGGUGAUUUUAAGGGAAAAUGACGCAGCAGAGUGGGUUUACAGAGGCGAAGGAGCUGCUAAUCUUGUUCUCGCCUACACCGGAUCAUCUCCUCCGUUUAUUGGGAAAGUAAUGCGCAUUCGUAAGGCUCCGAGGAAUGGCGCAGAGGCUAUGAGUAAGAGGAGCCCUUCUGCCAUGACUGCGCACGAACGCCUCCUCUGGAAAGAUGUUCAUCAACUCAUUUCAUCUCCCGACAAUGAAAUUGCAUGCCAACUCUUCGUCCACCACGUUAUGAAGCCAUUGCUCGGUUCCAAAUUUGUUGAUGCUGGGAUGCUUGUUCGGGUCUCCAGGGAAUUUCUUGAAUUAGUUGAAAAGAAUGUUAUUUGUCAACGACCUGCUUGGAGAGUUGAUACAGCACAGGUCAACAUGCAUCGCGAUUCUGUGCUUCUCAUGUCUGAUCAUUCACUCUUCACUCAUGGUAACCCAGGAUCCAUCCCCUGCAUAUCUGUUGAGAUAAAGCCCAAAUGUGGAUUUCUUCCUCUUUCAAGAUUCAUAUCUGAAGGAACUGCUAUCAAAAGGAGGAUAACUCGCUUUCAAAUGCACCAAGCUCUGAAAUUGCAUCAAGGAGAGAUAUCACUGCUAAGUGAAUACAAUCCACUUGAUCUGUUUGCCGGAUCAAAGGAAAGAAUUCGUAAAGCUAUCAAGGAUCUCUUCACUACACCUCAAAACAAUUUCCGUGUAUUUAUGAAUGGCUCUCUCAUAUUUGGUAGUCUGGGAGGUGGUGCAGAAGAUACAAAUUUUUGUAUUGCUAAAGCUUUUGAAGAUGCACUUAAAUCUGUCUUUCAAGCUGAUGAUGGUCUAUGUACAGAGAACUUGCUUACUCUUGUUGCUGAGGCAGUGCAGAAAUCGGGAGUCCUUGAUCGGCUCCUGGAGGUUCAGAAACUUGAUAAUGUUGACAUAGAAGGAGCCAUCCAUGCAUAUUAUGACAUUACUUGUCAACAGUGCAUGGUAUGCAGAGAAUUGAGUGAAGAACAACUGAAAAGAUAUACCUCUUUGCAUUCUGCCUCAUUGGAUUCAAGCUUGAGAAUUGUAAAGGACUACCUGAUAGCAACAACUGCAAAAGACUGCAGUUUGAUGAUAUGUUUUAGACCAAGGAAAGAGGGGGAUUCUGGAUCUGUAUGCAACAAUGUAUAUCUUGAGAGUACUAAGCAAACCUUCGAUUUCAAGGUAUAUUUUAUUGACUUGGAUUUGAAGCGAAUGAGUAAAAUGGAAGAAUAUUAUGAAUUAGAUCAGAAGAUAGUGAGCUACUACAAAGAAAUGGUCAAAAUGGAUCAAAGAAGAAACUCACACACUUGCAAGCAUCACAAACAGCACACUCAGAUUUAGUAGGCUCUGUUAUAAGAUGCACUUGAGGAAGAUUGCAUUGUAAACAGUACUCAGAAUUCGGCAAAGCAAAGCCAAUUGUAGACCGUGACUUCAGCUCAGAUCUGAUUUUUCCUUUGGUCAGCCCUUUUUGGCCAUGGCUUGACUGAUGAUGUGUGUGCUGUACAUUGAGUUCGUGAGCCGUUUCAAGAAGACUCAAGCGUCAGUAAAACUGCUCAGUUCAUGGUCAGGCAAAAGGAGAUGAAAUUAUUUGUAACUUGUAAAGGCAUUACUUCCAUUGUCCUCGACGGGUCUAAGAUCACGGUGACAAUGAUUGGCGAAGCCAAUGCGGUGAGGAUCAAUCAAGGUGAGAAAAAUCAGAAAAUCAGCCGGAAUUGAGUAGAGGCGCUCCCGGGGAAAACAUGAUGGGUGAGAUAAAAGGUGCUGCUAUAUUGUGAGAGAUGCAAUGUAUGCCAUGUGAUGAAUAUGGUUAAUAGUUACUGUUCCAUUAUUGUACCAUUAUCAAUCUUUCUCUCAAGCAAAAUAAUGUAUAUGUAUUAUUUUAUUUUAUUUUUUCAUAACUUGUUUUUAAAUGGAUAUUAAAUAUACUAAAUAUGAG